AUGCAGACAAUAAGCCUUGUCUGCACUGCCACCUGCUGGAAGUACAGAAAACUCUCUCUCUCUUCUCCCUGUCUCUCCCUCCUACAGAACUACAGUCGUCCCCCAGUGAUGGCUCUAGCAGUGCCGGUGGCAGUGAGGUAUCUACAGAGAGGCAACAGAGAGCUCAGUAGAAACAUGUCCAGUUAUCUCUCUCUGGCUGCCAUGGCUAAGCCUGAACUACUGGCAGAACACACAGAGGCUAUCACCUGCAGCGUUCUGGGAGGUAGGACAAUGACCCUAAGUAACCAUCCGUCAUUCUACCCCAAACUGCCCCAUGCCAUCCAUCGUCACCUAGGCAACCUGACGGCCAUGAUGUCACAGCUCGAGUCACCGGAGCAACAACACCUGCUGAGGCUGAUCCAGAUGGUCGCAGAGAAACAGCCUCUAGUGCUGAGCCCCCUGGUGCCCUCCCUGGUUGGUUACCUAGGCGAUGCCUCUCUGAACGAGACCCUACUGGGCGCACUGGUGGACGUGUCACAGGUUAGCCCCGCCUCCCUGGCCCCCUUCCUGCCAGCGCUGAGGGUUGUGGGUCAGCAGUACCCAGUCCUGCUGGGACACGUGGUCAAAAUACACAGAGCUGUGGGCUUGACCAGUGAGGUGAGGAGACGUCAACGUUAA